UAUAGCCAACAGUCAGUUUCAAGUUAGCAGGCAAGCGCAAAGGUUUGCCGAUCAAAAAAGCCCUCCAUUCUUCUGUAAACCCAAAAAGCAGUGCACUUUGACCCCCGGACGCAAUGAGCGGCGGCAACAGAAGCGGGGCAACCGAAGUGGUGCUCGUAACCGGCGGCAGUGGAUUUCUGGGUCAGCACCUCAUCAAGCAGUUGCUGGAGCGGAAGGAGGAGCUUGCCAUCAAAGAGAUCCGCUCGCUGGACAUAGUGCCCUACAAGAACAACAUCGGGCAUGAGGAGACGCCCCUGCUGCGCACCUUUGUGGCCGAUAUCGAAGGCGAUCGGGCGGAACUUAGUCCAAUCUUCGCCGGGGUGGACGGGGUCUUCCACUGCGCCGCCUCGGUGAAAAUCGAGUAUCCGCCCAACUACGACGAACUGGAGCGCGUGAAUGUGAAAGGCACACUGGCCGUGGUAGAUUUGUGCAUCCAGAACAAUGUAAAGCGCCUGGUCUACACCAGCUGUACAUCCGUGUGCUUUGUGCCCUUUAAGGGGCAAAGUACCUUCUCGGCGGUAAUCAACUCGACAGAAUCCAAGACAGACACGCCCACGCUGGACAGUUCCACGCUGUGGGAGCAGGACCAUCAGUUCCUGAUACAAGGAUACGCCUCCAGCAAGCUGAGAGCGGAGAAUAUAGUGCUCAACUCGAAUGGAGCACCUCUGCAGAACCAGCAAGAAUACCUGGCCACCAGCGCCAUUCGUGCCCCAUUGACCUACGGCGAGUGUGAUUCCCACUUCAUCACGAAGGUCUUUGAAUAUCUUUCCACCCGGGGAUGGAUAUUUCCCAGGAUCGCAGGCGUUGGAGGCAAGCAGCAGUUGGUCUACGCGGGAAACGUGGCCUGGGGACAUAUCUGCGCCUAUAAGGCCCUGAAAGUGUCCGAUAAGGCGGUGAAUGGACUGCCCGUUUUCGUCACCGACGACACGGGCAUCAACGACGUUUCGCGGUUUGUCCAGAAGAUGGCCGUGCUGGGCGAGCGGUUCAAGGUGAAGACCAGCUGGUGGUACGUGCCCCACUUCCUGUUCUUCUUCCUGGCCUUCCUGCUGGAGUUGGUGGUGCGGGUGGCGUAUCCCUAUACGCAGUACCGCCUCCGCUACUCCCUGCGCGCCCUCGCCUCCUACACCUCCUCGAUGCUCAUGUACAACCGCCUGCGCGCCUCCAUCCACAUGGACUACAUGCCGCUCUUCGAUCCGGAUGCGAGUGCCGAGCGGAGUGCCAAGUGGUAUGCCCGCUGGUGGGACGAACGGCAGCAGGCCAAAAAGCUCAAGAAGUCCAGCUGAGCGGCGAUAAAUAGUAUGCUAUAAUAUGCUUUCCUGCCCCGCUUGAUGUCCUGUAAAUAUCC